AUGACCUAUUUUAUGUUUUUAUUACUAAUAGCCUUGGUUGUUGGCUUAGUUGCUGUUGCUUCUAAUCCUACGCCUUAUUUUGCUGCUCUUGGUUUGGUGGUUGCAGCUGGGGUUGGGUGCGGAAUUUUGGUUGGUCAUGGAGGUUCUUUUUUAUCAUUAGUUCUAUUUUUAAUUUACCUAGGGGGAAUGCUCGUGGUUUUUGCCUAUUCGGCAGCUUUGGCUGCUGAGCCGUUUCCAGAGGCUUGGGGUAGUCGAUCUGUGGUGGGCUAUGUUUUAGUUUAUUUAUUAGGGGUUGGUUUAGUGGCGGGGGUUUUUUGAGGGGGUUGAUAUGAGGGCUCAUGGGUGGUUGUGGAUGGGUUAAAGGAGUUUUCUGUUUUGCGUGGUGACAUCAGUGGUGUGGCUGUAAUAUAUUCGUCUGGUGGGGGUAUGUUGGUUAUUUGUGCCUGGGUGCUGCUUUUGACUUUGUUUGUUGUUUUAGAGCUUACUCGUGGACUAAGUCGGGGGGCCCUCCGUGCGGUUUAA